UUUUCCCAGCACUGAGCACUCCCAACAAGAGCUGCGUGUCAUUCAACUCAUGGCCAACCUGCUGCCAUAAAAAAAACAAAACAGCUGGAGGGUUUUAGUGCAGCUUUACGGAAGCCGGUGUUACUUUGUUAAACAUGGCUGACGACUUUGGCUUUUCGGCCUCCGACAACGGAGUUCAUGCAGAAGAAGAUCCGGCCGCGGCGUUUCUGGCCCAGCAGCAGAACGAGAUCGCCGUGAUCGAGAACGACAGCGCCGGGUUCAGUGCGCUGGAGGACGGCGGACCUCCGCCCGCGAACACCUACACGUCGUUCGGAGGUGACUUUGGAGACGAACCUGCUACUGCUUUAAACGGAGAUAUGUUUCAGGACACCAACGGCACAACUGACAGCUACUCAGCGAUCGCCCAAGUCGACAUGCAGAGACAAGAACCUGAGAGCCUGCGCAAAUGGAGGGAGGAGCAAAAGGCUCAUCUGGAGGAAUUGG